ACAAGCCAAUAAAAUUACAUAUCAGAAAACGGUUUGCACACUUAAGGGGAAGGGAUGGGUGCCAUCGACUGGGGCCAGAGUACAAAGGAUACGAUAUAAAAGACAGCGAUCCGUUAUCAAAGUUUACUCCGUUGACCAGUCGUCUCUUUAGUCCAUAGUAACGUCUUAAGUUUGAAAAUCAAAAUACUGUUCAAUUGGCAAAAUGCCCGAAUUUUCAACCGAGAACGGUGUACGCACGUGGCCGAGCAGUGAAAGUGUCAAUGUCGCCGGUAGCAGUGGUUGUAGUGGCAGUGGUAGUAGUAAUGGGGGUUCGGCUGUUCAUAGCCCUUGCUCCCCCAUGUGCCUUUCUCCCAUUUCCACGUCUCCGACAAACACCCUGAAAAAAAGAAGAAUACGCCGCGUUACUUCGACGGGCCAGAUCAUCACCGAACCCUUUGAAAUCCAUUCGGACCACCGAGAGUUGUCAAGAAGCAGAAGUCAAUCUCCAAUACCUCUGCUACCUGAAGAAGAUUCUAUAUCCGUUCUAGCGGGCAUCAUAGGAUGGUACCCGUGCUUCCUGUUGAGAAUCAUAAAAUCCGUGAUUGUUGGAAUCGUUCCUUUGGCUUGGAGACAGAUUCUGUGUGCCAUUCCGAUGUUGUAUAUUUCCGUUUGGAUCUGGUUUUUCUGGCAAAUCGUUCAGUUCCCGAUUACGAUUAUAAAAUUCUUUUUGUCUCUAAUUCUCACCUCUCCUAGAGAAAAAUUUAGAAAAAAGAGAACCGUUCUUAUCAGCGGAGGAAGCACGAUUCAAGCGUUGCAUCUUGCCAGAAACUUCUACUCAGCCGGUGCCAGAGUCGUGGUAUGUGAAGUGGAAGGUCUCUUUGCUUUGGCACGCUUCUCAACCGCCGUUACCAAGUUUUAUACGGUUCCUAAACCAACUAGCGACCAGCAGCAGCAUUACGUGAGAGCUCUAUGUGAAAUUGUGGAGAAAGAGGAAGCAUCUUAUUAUAUUCCGGUAAGUUCUACCACGUCUGCAUAUUACGAUGCUGUAGCAAAACCUCAUCUGGAACUCUUGGGUUGUUCGUGUUUUUGUCCCGGAAUAAAAGAAGUCUGGGCACUCGAUGACAUCCUGGAGGUGUUGAAACGUUGCGAAAAACUAAACAUUCCUACUCCUCUAUAUCAUGAAAUCCAAUCUAAGGAGGAAGUGAUUAAAUUAUACGAAAGAGGUGAUUUACUGGAUGGCAAAUAUAUUAUGUCAACAGUAGGUCCUAGCGGAUUAAGAGAGAGAAACAAGAUGGUGUUACCUGUGUCGAGAAACGAAUUGAAAUUACCGUUUGAGAUCAGCAAAGUAAAACCCUGGGUUGUGGUCCAGGACGUCGAAGGAGAGCACUUUUUGACUUGCACAACCGUUAAGGACAGCCAGGUGGUAGCCAACGUGACUUGCCGCUACGAUAAAGAAAGUAACGGAUUGAUACCUAUCGAAAGUAAAGAAAUCGCCCAAUGGCUGAAUAUUUUCUUUUCCAAAAUCCACCUGCUGCGACCAAUCACCGGGCAUAUCUCUUUUAAGUUCGUUAAAACGAAAAAUAACAAUUCAAUCUUACCCCUGAGCAGUCGUGUCGGGGUGUCGUUGCCUUACAUAUGUUACACAAGCGUACAUCCCAGAUUGCUCUGGAAACCUUGCAAACACUUCAGUCGACAAAAUUCGGGACCGCUGGUUUGCGACAGUGGCAGAUACUGCAUGCCUGAUGCCUUCAUGAGUACGCUACGGAAUCCGAGUGUGGAAGCUGUAACAAAUUUGAUCGGUACGGUAUUGGACAAACGGGAAGCACUCUUCGCGAUCUGGGAUCCAUUACCCUAUUGCGCCUACUAUCAUAUGCAGCUUCCUUUUAAAAAUGUAAUCGGUUUCGUACAAAGGCAACAGGACAGGUUUCCACAACCUGUGGCGGCACCGAUUUCUUAAUUAUUAAAAAAAAAAGAACAUAUUCAAAGGAGAGAGGUUCGGCUGAAUAUAUUAAAGGGUUGAAGAGAAAGUGUGAGUGUAAUUGAGAGAGAGAGAGAGAGAGAGAGAGAGAGAGAAAGAAAGAGGGAAAAA